CUCAUGUUUGGCAGGGGCCCAGCCAGGCUGGGAUGUGAGGUGGCAGCAGGAGCCUGGAGCUGGGGGCUUGGGGGGGUCACCAAGUGCACAGCCAGGGGACAUACCCAGCCCCUGUGAGCUGUUUCCCAGGGAAAGGGAAUAGCCUGGCAGAGCCAUCCAUGGGGUUGUUGGAGCUGUGGGGAGACUGCCCGUGCUGGGMGACCCCAUGUGCCUGUCCUGCCCUGGGGAGUCAGAGACCAGGUUCUGUUCCCUYCCUCUGGGACCUGGUCAUCCAUGGGGGAUAUUCGAGUGUUGGGAGGACACUGUGUCCCUAUCCUUGUCUUGCCCUGUGGGGUGACAGCCCAGAGUCCAUUCCCUCCCUCUGGAACCAUGGGGGACACGGGACCUUUGGGUAGCACCCUGUAGUUCCUUGUCACUGCACCAGUGCCAGGAUGUCCCUGCCCUGGGCCCAGCUUGGGAUCCUCGGGAGCAGGAGGCAGCCUGGGCCCUCUGUGCCUCAGUUUCUCUCGAGCCCCUGUAGCUCUGGAGAGUGACUCCAGGGCAUCUCUCCUGCCUCCCCCGGGUGCUCCGGGAGACUCCCUGAUGAGGGCCCGUUGUCCUUAAAAAGGCAGCUGGGAGUUUGGGAGCUGCUGGUUGGCCUCUGCCAGGGCCAGAGGGCUCUGCAGCUCUGCUCCUGCUGCCAAGGCUCCGCUGCAGGGCUGGCGGUGCCUCCGAGGCUGUGUCCGGGCAGGGGGGCUCAGGGACAGCACCCACAUUGCCCCUUGGGGCUCUGAGCCCAUCCCGCCUCCAAAAUCCUCCCAGGAGAGAUCAGAGCUGGGUGUACCCGCAGUGGGGAUCGGGAUUUGGACCCACAACUCCUGUCCUGGCUCAGGUCAGGAUUUGGGGAAUGAGGGGCUUUGGGAUACCAAAAGCCCAAAAAUGAGGGUGGAGAAAGAAAAUCGCAAGGAGAGACAUCUCAGAAGUGCUGGAUGCCAGGGAUGUGGGGGGAACUGAGGCCAGGAGGAGGCGAUGCACCAACCCCGUGCAUUUCCAGCGUCUCAGCAAUGGCAAAUUCCCAUCCCAGCUCUGGYGUGUCCCCCACGACAGAGUCCCAACAUCCACCUACAGCCAGGUGGGGUUUCUCCACACUUUACCCAGGAACUGGAGUUAGUUCCACCUCCUUUUUCUGAGCCUGUCGCUUAUAAGGACUUGUGUCUCACUUGUUUAUCAGAGCAGAGCCUAAAAGGAACGGGCUCACAACUGGGCUGUCGCCUCCCAAGCAUCUCUACAUACAUUUUCCUACAAUAAUUAACUGUCCUGGGUCCUACCACUAGCCCAAGGUCAAUUUAAUGAAAUAAAACACCUUAUAUGGCCAUAUGGCCAACACACCAUCACUGAGCCUAUUUAGGGUCUUUGUUUAGAGAGGAUCCGCCUCUGAGGUUCCACGGGCUCACUGGUAUUUAUACCCACGACACAUCGGGACUUGGUCCCAGAGGAAAGGAGCUCUCGCCUCUGCGCUUUAUCCCCAGGUCCCCCUGACCACCGAGCGCUCCCAGCCCCACCAUGUGUGAGGAGGAAACCACUGCGCUGGUCUGCGACAACGGCUCAGGCCUCUGCAAGGCCGGCUUUGCGGGUGACGAUGCCCCUCGUGCUGUCUUCCCCUCCAUUGUGGGGCGGCCCCGGCACCAGGGUGUCAUGGUGGGCAUGGGGCAGAAGGACAGCUACGUGGGCGAUGAGGCACAGAGCAAGAGGGGUAUCCUCACACUCAAGUACCCCAUUGAGCACGGCAUCAUCACCAACUGGGAUGACAUGGAGAAGAUCUGGCACCACUCCUUCUACAACGAGCUGCGUGUGGCCCCGGAGGAGCACCCAACUCUGCUCACUGAAGCACCCCUCAAUCCCAAGGCCAACCGGGAGAAGAUGACCCAGAUCAUGUUCGAAACCUUUAAUGUYCCUGCUAUGUACGUCGCCAUCCAAGCCGUGCUCUCCCUCUAUGCCUCCGGCCGCACCACUGGCAUUGUCCUAGACUCCGGGGACGGUGUCACCCACAACGUGCCCAUCUACGAGGGCUAUGCUCUGCCCCAUGCCAUCAUGCGUCUUGACCUGGCUGGCCGUGACCUCACYGACUACCUCAUGAAGAUCCUCACCGAGAGGGGCUACUCCUUUGUCACCACUGCCGAGCGGGAAAUCGUGCGYGACAUCAAGGAGAAGCUCUGCUAUGUGGCCCUCGACUUUGAGAACGAGAUGGCCACAGCUGCCUCCUCCUCCUCACUGGAGAAGAGCUAUGAGCUCCCCGAUGGGCAGGUCAUCACCAUCGGCAACGAGCGCUUCCGCUGCCCUGAGACCCUCUUCCAACCCUCCUUCAUCGGCAUGGAGUCCGCUGGGAUCCAUGAGACAACCUACAACUCCAUCAUGAAGUGUGACAUCGACAUCCGCAAGGACCUGUACGCCAACAACGUCCUGUCCGGUGGCACCACCAUGUACCCCGGCAUCGCUGACCGCAUGCAAAAAGAAAUCACUGCGCUGGCUCCCAGCACCAUGAAGAUCAAAAUCAUUGCCCCGCCAGAGCGGAAGUACUCGGUGUGGAUUGGAGGCUCCAUCCUGGCCUCGCUCUCCACCUUCCAGCAGAUGUGGAUCAGCAAACCCGAGUACGACGAGGCCGGACCUUCCAUUGUCCACCGAAAAUGCUUCUAAGCCCCCUUCCCAUCCCGUGGUGGCCACCCAUGCCCAGGCUGGGGUGUCGCUCUCCUCCUCGGAUCCUGCUGCUCCUCCCCACUGCCCACUGUGCAUUAAAAAACCUUUUC